CAAAACAGCCAAAGGGUGAAGAGCAGCUGACAUUGGUCAGAAUAUGGACUGCAGGUGCAACAAGUUUCCAGCGAUAUCACAAGACCUGCUGCAACCAUGGGGUCAGUGAGGGUAGCUCCUUCUGAUUACCACCUUCAGCAUAGGUACUGAGGGCCCAAGCAGUCCCUGUUACUGGAGAGAAGAGAAUAGAUGCAAGGUGUUGGGGAGGUGGAAAAGACAAGACUUGAAACAUCUCAUUUGUCACUGAUCCUGUGAGGUCAUGCAAAAUCAAGAACUACCUUGUGUUUUGAUAAGUAGUAUUGAAGGACCGUAUGGUGUGCAUGAAGAUCAUGUAGAAGAUCUUAAGAAACAUUUUAAUCUUAUCACCAUGCAAGAAUUUCUUGAAAACAAAAUACAUUUCAGUCAAAAGAUACAAGCAAUAUACAUGUGGGGAUGGAAACCACAUAUUGACCAGGAGCUCCUGCAGAGCUUGCCUACCUUGAAGAUUAUUGUAAACUCAGGAGCAGGCCUGGAUCAUCUGGACCUGAGCAUGAUUGCCAGCUUUGGUGUGAAAUUGGCCAACACUCCACAAGCUGUUACUAACAGCACUGCAGACAUGGGAAUGGCCCUACUUCUGGCAUCAGCCCGGAGAAUAUUAGAAGGGAAUGAGAUAGCUACUUCACCAGACACUAAGCACUUUAAUGUUAACUGGAUGGGACAAGAAGUGACUGGAUCUACUCUGGGAAUCAUAGGUAUGGGCAGGAUUGGCUAUAAGAUUGCUCAGCGAGCCAAAGCAUUUGAAAUGAAGAUUCUGUAUCACAAUAGGAACCGUAGGAAAGUGGAAGAGGAACAGGCAGUUGGAGCCCAUUACUGUGCAAAGUUGGAUGAGCUACUGCAGCAAUCAGACUUUGUAAUGCUGGUCGUCAGUCUGACACCCCAGACCCAUAAGUUUAUUGGAAAGAGGGAACUAGGAUUAAUGAAACCCACUGCUUCUCUUAUAAACAUUGGCCGAGGCCAAUUGGUUGAUCAAGAUGCCCUAGUUGAAGCUCUUCAAACUGGGAUUAUUAAAGCUGCAGGACUGGAUGUGACUGACCCUGAACCCCUACCAAGAUCUCAUCCUUUGUUAAAGUUAAAGAAUGUUAUUUUAACACCUCAUAUUGGAAGCGCAACUCAUCAAAGUCGACAUCUCAUGAUGGAAAAUAUGGUUGAAAGCCUUCUGGCUGCUCUCAGUGGCCUUCCUAUUCCUAAUGAAGUACAUCUUAAAUGACUUGUUUGGGUGGAAAGUUCAGAAUGAUGGAAACUUGACAGACUAAAUGACAAAGGCUUAUUUUUGCUUUACAUACUUUAUACAUGCUGGUACUUCUCUUCAUGAAAUUAAAAACUUAUAGAUUUUCAUUUUAUUAUGUUUGAAGAGCUCCCAAAGAAUAUGUAUUCCCAAGAAUCCUUUAUAGUCUAACACCACAUGAAUAUAAGUAAUAUAUCUUUGGUAGUCUUGUCUGUUAUUUUCUUUCUGGAUUAGGAAAGGAACAAUGAAACCAAAAAGUGGAAGGAAAUGAAAAAAUGUUUGUUAAGCAUUGAGUAGUUCAGGUGGACCUCUAAACAAAAUUGCAGAGUAGGCCAGUAUUUUUCCAUUCUUAUUUCUGCCUUACAUGCUUUGUUUUAUUCACCCUGCAGUGCAUGGCCCUCAUUUUGCCUUUUGGCUAUUGUGGAGGACCCCUCCCAAUUGUAUAAUGAGAAUAAUUAUAUUAACUUAGCAUAACUGACUCAAUUUUAAGUCUCUAUUUUGUGAUUGAGAUGUUUUGAGUAAGCAGUUUUGCUAUUAGAAAUACUUUUCUGUACUGUAGAUUGUUUAUCAAUAAAAAGAUUAAUACUUGUGAUAUAGUUUGGUCAACAACAUUUGUGUUUCCAAACAAGUAAUAAACA